AAUUUUCUUCUUCAAUCUCUGUUAUUUCUUUAAUUUUUUUCAAAAAAGAAAAAAAUAAAUUUUGUCCCACCACCUGCAUUUUCCUAUUGCAGUUAUUUGAUUUUUGGCUUUUUUUCAAGAAAUGUGACGAAUUGUCAUUUCCAGUUCUGCAAUAAAAAGCAGAAAAAGAUUUCAUUCUUGUCUGAUAAAAAUUGAAUCUUGGAGAUUAAUCAAUCGAGUUUGUGGAAGUGUUUGGUGAGGGAGAUGUUGUUAUAGUCUAAAUUUUAGAAACUGGGAAAAAUGAGAGACCCCAAUUUUGUCCAUUGUAUCAAUAGGGUUAAUAGUUUUUCUUUUAACUUGUAAUAUAGUUUUACAUUGUAAAAAUUGAAUGAUAAGCAAACAGUGGUGUAUUUGCUCUCCUUUUUUUCAACUUGUUUAUAUUUACGAGUGAAUUCAAUUGUUUGGAGAGUAAUUUUGUACAAGAAAGCUGGCGAUUUUGUAUAGAGUCCUCGCUGUUGACAGAUAUUGUUACUGCCUCAACAACUGAUCCAUAUGGUUGUGCAAGCUAUGGGUGGUAGAUGGAACACUUAUGGAAUCAAAUUGUCGUAUCUCGCUCUUUUGAUUAUCAUUUUGGAUAUUCGCGGUUGUUGUUCUCUUAAUUCGGAAGGAUUGGCACUAUUGAGAUUCCGCGUGAAAGUGGAUUCUGAUCCGUAUGGCAUUCUUGAAAACUGGAAUUCAGAUCAUUGUGACCCGUGCUUGUGGUCUGGUGUCCAGUGUAUGGACGGGAGAGUGCAAAUGUUGGACCUUCAUGGAUAUUCGUUGAAAGGAAAACUCGCAGCAGAACUUGGAAAUCUGACUCACUUAAAAUCACUUGUGCUUUCUGAAAACCGUCUUUUUGGUGCUAUUCCUAAAGAAUUUGGACGCCUCAGAAUGCUGGAAGUGCUUGACAUUAAGAACAACAAUUUGACUGGAAGAAUUCCAGCAGUAAUAGGAGAUUUGCAAUCACUUAGAAGCUUGUUGAUUAGGGACAAUAACUUCGAAGGGAAGAUCCCUUUGGAGAUCAGAAAGCUUCAUCUGCUCUCGGAAUUGCAAUUUGAUGAUUACCUCACCUCUGGUGUUGCUGCCGGAACUGGUUGCAUAAAUAGAAAAUUUGGGCGUUGCAUCUGGCAUGGCAGUUUGUGGCCAUAUAAGACUAUAGGCUCCUUUCUCAGACCAAUUAAAGGGAUGCUAGCAUGGUAUUUUAGUUUUUUCACACUGUUCCCGCGUUUUUUGGAUGCUCAGGCAGACUUCUGCUCUGACAACCUACCAAGUUCAACUAGGCCUCACAAUAUCCACGAUGUAGAGAAUCAAGCAAACAUUGAACGCCGUAAGUUAGCUGAGCAAUCCAGUAACUUUGCUGCUGCUCCUGCUAACGGAGGGAAACCAUUGGGACCUGUUGAUCCUGUUCCAAGCAGCAGAAGUAGUGGUUCAUUUCGUGCUGUGCCAAGUACUGAAGGAGCUCCUCCUCCUCCUCUGACUACACCAUCACGGACCACACCUGAUCAUCAUCCGCCUCCAAAUCCUGGGGGACACUCUAAUGAUGCUGUUAAACAGCCAAUUGCUAGUCAAGCCCCACCUGGUGGAAAGUCUGGAAGUACAUGGAAGUAUAUAGGAAUUGGCAUUGGGGCUUUUCUGGUUGCUGUUUUUGUGUGCCUGAUAAUCAUCUGCAAGAGCAAAGCUGCGCAAACAAUAGGCCCUUGGAAGACUGGAUUGAGUGGACAGCUGCAGAAAGCAUUUAUUACAGGGGUCCCAAAACUAAACAGGCCGGAGCUUGAAAAUGCAUGCGAGGAUUUUAGCAACAUAGUUUGCCAUCAAGAUGCAUUUACAGUCUACAAGGGAACUCUAUCGAGUGGAGUAGAGAUUGCUGUUGUGUCAACUGCUAUAAAUUCUUUGAAAGAUUGGUCCAAGCGUUCUGAAUUGGCCUUCAGGAAGAAGAUCGAUUCACUCUCAAGGAUAAACCACAAGAAUUUUGUUAAUCUAAUUGGAUAUUGCGAGGAAGAUGAGCCUUUCACUAGGAUGAUGGUCUUCGAGUAUGCAACAAAUGGAACACUUUUCGAGCAUCUGCAUGAUGAUGAACUUGAACCUCUUGACUGGCCUGCAAGGGUACGAGCUAUAAUGGGAACAGCAUAUUGUCUCGAGUACAUGCACAAUUUGAAUCCUCCUCUGUCGCAUUCUGAUGUGAAUUCACACUCCAUAUUUUUUACAGACGAUUAUGCUGCUAAGAUUACAGAGCUUGCUUUCUGGUCAGAUAUAAUGGUGAAGUCAAAGUCCUCUAGUGGUGAUCUAGAGAACUCUGAGCUGCGACCACUUUCUGAUCCCGAAACAAACGUCUAUAACUUUGGGAUUUUGUUGCUGGAAGUAAUUUCUGGAAAGUCACCUUAUACGGAACGAGAUUCUCUUAUGAGCUGGGCGGAGCAAUGCCUUAACGAUAGACAGUUGGUUGAUCCAAAAUUGAAGUCGUUCAAGAAUAAUGAGCUUAUGGUUAUGUGUGAGGUGAUGAGAGAAUGUCUUGGAGAAGAUUCAAGGAAGAGACCAACAAUAAAAGAAGUGAUUAAAAAGCUAAGGGAAGCGAUUGAUAUCUCCCCUGAUGCUGCAGUUCCAAGGCUAUCUCCCCUGUGGUGGGCUGAACUUGAGAUCCUAUCCUCUGAGGCAGCCUAAUAUACUGACUAUUGUGUCUACUUUUGUAUGUAAGUAGAGAGUUGCUUUGCUAUGCAUAAAUGUUCUGAAUUAUACUUCACUUAAUGUCAACUGCAAGUCCUGUGUACCACAUUUUUCUGUUCUAAAUAUAUUAGUUCAUUCUUUUAAUACUUCUCUCUGCCU